AUGGCUCUUUAUAAGUCUCUUUAUGGGAGGAGAUGUGGAUUGCCAAUUGGUUGGUUCGAAGUUUGUGAAACUCAGUUGAUAAGGAUAGACUUGGAUCAUCAAGCUAUAGAGAAGGUGAAGAUUAUUCAAGAGGGACUGAAAACUGGACAAAGUCAUCAAAAGUCCUAUAUCGAUAUUAGGAGAAGAAACUUAGAGUUUGAGAUUAUUAAGAGAGUUGGAAAUAUAGCUUAUGAGUUGGAGUUACCAUCAGAGUUAGCCACCGUUCAUCUAGUGUUUCACAUUUCGAUGCUCAAGAGGUUUUUGGGAAAUCCUUCACUCAUUGACCCAAUAGAAAUUAUUACUGUGAAAGAUGUCUUGUCCUAUAAGGAGACUCUAUCCAAAUUCUUGAUCGCCAAGUUCGCAAAUUAA